CAGCUUUUGGCUUUAAGCACUCACCGGUGACAAACAAAAUGCAAGGUGAGCUAAUUUAAAAGUAGGCAGCACAUUGUGUGGUGGAGGUGACUCCCGCCGCAUGCUGUCCUCUCUCUCACCUUCUUUAGAGACAAAGCAGUCGGGGAAUGAAUAAAAUUAAUCAGACUAAAUUUCUCUUCAUCCUUGCUCUUCUGCACGUUGUUUGCAGUGCAUUCUGGAUGGGAGUUCUUUUAAGCUGCCUGUCUGAGCAUGCCUUUCACGCAUGUCUUUUUGUUUGGUCACAAUGUGUAUAAUACUGGAUCCAUACUUAGCUGUCACUUCUCUUUUCAGUCUUGUUUCUGAGGAGAUUACAUUUAAGCUGUUAUCGCAAGAGAGACUGCAUUCCCCUCACUGUUAGCUUCCUGAGUAAUGGGCCUGAACUGCACAGGAAGUGCAGGGAGAGGAAGGAAAGACAGCAGUCUUCCUCCAUAGCUUCCUUUCUGUGGAAACAAAGGUGCAUGUCUGCACCCCUCUGCACCCAGUAGACAUCGCAUUGCAAUAUCUCUGUUUGAUACCUGGAGGUGAGCUUGCUUUUUACCUGCAGAUUGCAUAAUACUUCUACCCUGUUUAUAAGACUGCAAAAACAUUUAGAUGAAAAAAAAAAAAAAAAAAAUCAUAUCCUAGUUUAGUUCUGUGAAAUGGCCACCUGGCUUUCUGCACAUUCCCACCUCCUGCUUCUCACUCUUGAAGGAUUUCGGGGGAGGUCCUUUGGGUGGGUCCCUCAUGUUUAAUGCAUAACCCUGUUCCCUAUAUCCCGUUGACGCCAGUGCCUGGAAGGGACAUGAGAGUCGGAGGAUCUGUGAAAGCCACGUCUGGUUGCUUUUUUACGCGUUGUGGUGCGUCAAGUUGAGUGAGAGAGAGAGAGAAAGAGAGGAGGGGGGGUUUCUGCAGAAGUUUGCAACACUGGAGAGGAGCCAUCCGCUGGUCUGGACCGUCCUGAUCAGCUGGACACCUCGCACCGCUGCAGCAAUACAAGCACCUUGCAGAGAUGGGUGUGUGCGGAGAGAGCGGACGGCACCGUGAAACCGGACUCCAACAGUUUUCUCCUCGUGGCUUUGACUCGGGGACACUUCCCCUGCAGUCCUAGAGGUCUUCCCCGUGACGCGUAAAUGGAUACAUGUCAGCCUCAGUCCCUUCGCUUUUUGCGCGGCGUUGUUGAAGUUCAAGGAGUUAAACUCAUUACGUGAAGCACACUGAGUAACCCGGAGAGAGGACAAAAAUAAAUAAAAAAAAAGUUCUGGGAAUACUUCUAUUUUUAAACACCUGAGCUGAAAGUGAAAAACCCUCCAUUUAAUAAAAAAUAAACGUCAUUAGUAGCUUCCUAACUCGUGCGUUUCUGCAAAUUUCUCUAAAACAAAUAAACAUAAAACGUAAACAGCAGCGUGGAGGCGUGGAGGAUGGACCCUGCCUGCGGGAAAGUGGGGACGGCGUCUUUGGUCGCCGGCGGCGGAACCGGCGUGAGUGCAAAAGCGCCCAAACAUCUGUGGAGGCAGCAGAACCAGGCGACGCUCUCUCCGCUCCAUCACGCGCUGGUAGUGCGCAAGAACGACCGCGUGAGACAAAGAGGCUUUUCGGACACCGAGCGAUACCUCAACCCGAGGAACAUGGACCGGACUUACGCAGUGGACACGGGGCACCGACCCGGACUCAAGAAAUCCAGGAUGUCGUGGCCGUCGUCCUUUCAAGGUCUUCGACGUUUCGACGUGGACAAUGGCACCUCAUCAGGUCGAAGCCCCCUGGACCCCAUGGCCAGCCCGGGCUCUGGCCUCAUCCUCCAGGCCAACUUUGUACACAGCCAACGGAGAGAGUCGUUCCUCUACCGCUCCGACAGUGACUACGACCUCUCGCCCAAAUCUAUGUCCCGAAACUCCUCCAUUGCCAGUGACAUUCAUGGUGACGAUAUGAUUGUAACGCCAUUUGCACAGGUUCUUGCAAGCUUGAGAACUGUUCGAAACAACUUUGGUGCAUUAACUAAUCUACAACAAGACAGAGCAUCCAAUAAGAGAUCACCCAUGUGUAACCCACCACCUAUUACCAAGACCACUUUCACAGAGGAGGCCUACCAGAAACUGGCCACUGAGACCCUGGAGGAGCUGGACUGGUGCCUGGACCAGCUGGAGACGCUGCAGACAAGACACUCUGUCAGCGAGAUGGCCUCCAACAAGUUCAAAAGGAUGUUGAACCGGGAGCUGACUCACCUGUCUGAGAUGAGCCGCUCUGGGAACCAGGUGUCUGAGUUCAUCUCCAGCACCUUCCUGGACAAGCAGCACGAAGUGGAGAUGCCGUCCCCUCAGACUCAGAAAGAGAAGGAGAAGAAGAACAAGCCCAUGUCCCAGAUCAGCGGGGUGAAAAAGCUGCAACACUCCUCCAGCCUCACAAACUCUAACAUCCCCCGAUUCGGGGUCAAGACCGAGACGGAGGACGAGCUCGCCAAGGAGCUGGAGCAUGUGAAUAAAUGGGGCCUUAAUGUUUUUAAAAUCUCAGAAUUUUCUGGGAAUCGGCCACUGACAGUCAUGAUGUACACAAUAUUUCAGGAGAGGGACUUGUUAAAAACAUUUAAAAUUCCACUUGACACCUUUAUAACAUACCUGAUGACCUUAGAAGACCAUUACCAUGGCGAUGUGGCCUACCAUAACAACAUCCAUGCUGCUGACGUCACCCAGUCUACUCACGUGCUGCUAUCCACCCCCGCCCUCGAGGCUGUGUUCACAGACCUCGAGAUCCUAGCUGCCAUCUUUGCCAGUGCAAUUCACGACGUGGAUCAUCCCGGAGUCUCGAACCAGUUCCUCAUCAACACCAAUUCAGAGCUGGCGCUAAUGUACAAUGACUCGUCAGUGUUGGAGAACCACCACCUCGCCGUCGGCUUCAAGCUCCUGCAGGAGGAGAACUGUGACAUCUUCCAAAACUUGACCAAAAAACAAAGACAAUCACUGCGAAAAAUGGUCAUUGACAUUGUGCUAGCAACCGAUAUGUCCAAGCACAUGAAUCUAUUGGCUGAUCUGAAAACAAUGGUGGAAACCAAGAAGGUGACCAGCUCUGGUGUCUUGCUGCUGGACAACUACUCCGACCGGAUACAGGUUCUCCAGAACAUGGUUCACUGUGCAGACCUGAGCAACCCCACCAAGCCUCUGCAGCUGUACCGGCAGUGGACGGACCGCAUCAUGGAGGAGUUCUUCAGCCAGGGAGACCGAGAGCGGGAGAGGGGGAUGGAGAUCAGCCCCAUGUGUGACAAACACAACGCCUCGGUGGAAAAGAGCCAGGUUGGCUUCAUAGACUAUAUCGUCCACCCUCUGUGGGAGACGUGGGCUGACCUGGUCCACCCGGAUGCGCAGGACAUCCUGGACACGCUGGAAGACAACAGAGAGUGGUACCAAAGCACCAUCCCCCAAAGCCCCUCGCCCGCGCUGGACGAGCCCGAGGACGGCACUCGGCCCCCAGGAGGGGACAAGUUCCAGUUCGAGCUCACCCUGGAGGAGGACGGGGAGUCGGACACUGAGAAAGACAGCGGGAGCCAGCCCGAGGAGGAAGAGGAGGAGGAGGAGGAGGAAAACAGCUGUACUGAUUCGAAAACACUUUGUACACAGGACUCUGAAUCGACAGAGGUCCCUUUGGACGAACAGGUCGGGGAGGAUGAAGAGGAGGAGGAGGAGGAGGUGGCGGCGGCAGCGGAGGAGGAGGAGGGGGAGGGGGGAACCCCCUUCAAACAACCGUGUGUUGUAGAGGAAGAGGUAGCAGAGGAGGAGGAGGAGGCGGAGGAGGCGGAGCAGCAGGAGGAGGCGGAGCUAGAGAAGGAGAAAUCCUCGGACACAUAGCAGUUCAGGGGCCGCCUCUGAUGAACUGUUCUUCUUAGUAAUGACAGAUGAUUAUUUAUAGAAUAUUUUCUGGGUUUAUGUGAAAUCUGUCUGUUUUU